CGGGGAGGCUGGUGUGCGCCUGCGCCGAGUUCCGGCAAGCGCAGCUGCGUCUCGCUCUGCACAUUGGUCCCGUGGAGUUGGAGGAAGCGGGACGCGCGUGGCGAGCGACCCGGAGGGACAGCACUUUGGGAACGCGGGGCGGCUGAGUCUUACCAUGGCUUCCAGCCACACCGUGUUGAUGCGACUGGUAGCCUCCGCGUAUUCUAUUGCCCAGAAGGCAGGAACCAUAGUCAGGUGUGUCAUUGCUGAAGGAGACCUGGGCAUCGUGCAGAAGACCUCAGCCACAGACCUGCAGACCAAAGCAGACCGCUUGGUGCAGAUGAGCAUCUGCUCUUCCCUGGCACGGAAGUUCCCUAAGCUGACCAUAAUAGGGGAGGAGGACCUGCCGCCCGGGGAGGUGGAUCAAGAGCUGAUUGAAGACGGGCAGUGGGAGGAAAUCCUGAAGCAGCCAUGUCCGUCACAGUACAGCGCUAUCAAAGAGGAAGACCUUGUGGUUUGGGUUGACCCCUUAGAUGGCACCAAGGAAUACACUGAAGGUCUUCUUGACAACGUGACCGUUCUUAUUGGGAUUGCUUAUGAAGGAAAGGCCAUUGCAGGCAUCAUCAACCAGCCAUAUUACAACUACCAGAACAACGAAAAGGAGAAGUUGAGGGAGCAGAGGAAUGAAGCGAAGGCGGGCCCUGACGCUGUGCUGGGCAGGACCAUCUGGGGAGUUCUGGGUUUGGGUGCCUUUGGAUUUCAGCUGAAAGAGGCACCUGCCGGGAAGCACAUCGUCACAACCACCCGGUCCCAUAGCAACAAGCUGGUCACAGACUGCGUGUCGGCCAUGAACCCCGAUGACGUGCUGCGAGUCGGGGGAGCAGGGAACAAGAUCAUCCAGCUGAUUGAAGGCAAGGCCUCUGCUUAUGUGUUUGCAAGUCCUGGCUGUAAGAAGUGGGAUACUUGUGCCCCGGAAGUUAUCUUACAUGCUGUGGGAGGGAAGUUGACAGACAUCCACGGGAACACCCUCCAGUACAACAAGGAGGUGAAGCACAUGAACUCCGCAGGAGUCCUGGCCGCACUGAGGAAUUAUGAGUACUACGCCAGCCGAGUUCCAGAGUCUGUGAAAAACGCACUGACUCCCUGAAGGGCUGUUUCACUCACUUACCUGGAGGACUCGGUUCUCACAGUAACACAUCUUAGAACUGAUUGAACAAAUAGAGCUCAUCAUUGAUCAGUGAUUUGUAUCAGUAGUUAGGGUUAGAAGAGGGAUUAAAGAAUCUCACUGUGUGUAGUCUAAUACUCUCAUGCCCUAGGCAUAUAAUACAUUUUAAUUGUCAUUUCUCCUGCCUAAAAAUUAUUGGCCAGGUGUGGUGGCACAUGUGGUAGUCACAACUAUUCCAGUGGUUGAGCUAGGAGGAUCACUUGAGCCAAGGGCCUCAGGACCAGCUUCCACUACAUAGCAAGCCUCUGCCAAAAAUUGGAGAAGAAAAACAAAAGGAAUUUAGUUUUACUCAUUAGCUAACCAGACCAUUUGUUUUGACAUUUGGAUAAUUUUUAAUUUCAGUGUCUUUUAAGUGGUCUUUUUUGUUUGUUUGUUGUUUUGUUAUGGUUUACUUGUUUUUGCUUUUGUUUUUGAGACAGGGUUUCUUCUCUGUGUAGUCCUGGCUGUCCUGGAACUCCAUCUGUAGACCAGACUAGUCUUAAACUCACAGAGAUCCGCCUGCCUCUGCCUCCUGAGUGCUGGGAUUAAAAGUGUGUGUCACCAUUCCUGGCUCAAGCGUCAUUGUUUUUAAGUGGAGAAAUGAAAAAGGAUUAGUUCCAAAUGACUAUCGAGGUCAUUUGUACAAUCAACAUUCCUGCUUAUAAACUGGAUUUCUUCAGGACACAAUCUUUUUUGUUGUUGUUGAGACAGGGUUUUUUUGUUUUUUUUUGUAGCCCUGGCUGUCCUGGAACUCGCUCUGUAGAUCAGGCUGGACUCAAACUCACAGAGAUGGGCCUGCCUUUGCCUCCAAGUGCUGGCAUAAAGAAUAUGUACUACCACUGCCCAGACAGGACCCAGAAUCUUAAGUUGCACCAGAAUUUCACUUUUUUUUUCACAGUAAUUUUUUAAAUUUCUGACUCCACCUGAGAAUGCAUAUAAUGGGAUUAUUUAUGUUGACAGAUUUAUGGGGGACAUUUCUAUAAAAUAAAUUAUUUACUCCUAGAUCUUCA